UCGAAUUUGCGCAGGUCUGCGCAGGUCUCGCUUGUCUCAAACAAGCCUACUGCUUCUAUGGAAUAGGAAGUCCAGGGUUGAAGCUCUGUUCGAAGCUUCAGUGUCAAACUGCCAUCACUAGUUGUUACAGCCAGGAGCUACCAUGGCGAGCCGCGUCUCUUUACACUCGCAGCUCACCUCCAUCAUGGAAACAUUGGCCAUGUCCGCCCUGAAGCAGGUCUGUAAGCUGGUGGAUGAAGACUAUGCGGAGCUCCGUGUGGGGUUGUCUCAGCUCCUGGCGGCUAAUUCAGCCCAGGAAGAGAAAGUCAACAGUCUGGAGUGCGAGCUGGCCACUAUGAGAAGCGAAGCUCCUGUGUUGUGUAAAAGUAAUCACAGCGAAGGCGUGCAAACUGUCUGCCAUAAGGACGGGGACGCUCAGGUGUCUGGGUCGCCCAUCAUAGAGGGGAUCUUUGGAAAAGAUUGGUGUAUGAAUCUGUGGAAAGACACAGACCCAUGCAGUCUGGGGGGAGACUCACCAAAGUGCUCUGACAUGCAUAUUACAAUCCGAGAGGGGAGAUCCUUACCCGACUUACAGCGAUGUACUACAUGCUGCAAAGACUUUCACUGCCCGUUAUGUGCCUCAAAUGUGUUCCACCCAGCCAAAUUGAGCAAGGUCCAAGCCCAUUUAGAGAGCCACUUCAACCGUGCAGUUCUCCAUGAAGGGUAUACCAUUCACAGAUGUGCAUUAAAUUGCCGACCACAAUGUCAUUUCCACUGCUUCUACUGCCAGUCAACGCUGAUGCGCAAAGCAGACUUCAUCAAACACCUGGCUUUGUGCAAGGCAAAGCACACUGCCAUAACCCCCAUCAUCCCAGAUCCAGCUACCGCCAUCAUCCCAGAUCCAGCUACCGCCAUCAUCUCAGAUCCAGCAACCGCCAUCAUCCCAGAUCCAGCUACCGCCAUCAUACCAGAUCCAACUACCGCCAUCAUCUCAGAUCCAGCUACCGCCAUCAUCCCAGAUCCAGCUAUCGCCAUCAUCCCAGAUCCAGCAACCCCCAUCAUCCCAGAUCCAGCAACCGCCAUCAUCCCAGAUCCAGCAACCGCCAUCAUCCCAGAUCCAGCCACCCCCAUCAUCCCAGAUCCAGCAACCGCCAUCAUCCCAGAUCCAGCGACCCCCAUCAUCCCAGAGGGAAAGAUGAAAAGGGUCUAUGUAGUGCCUGUACUGAAGAAGAAAUGUCCCAUAUGCCAUGUUCUCAUAAAUAAAAAUCUUUUUAAAAAGCACAUGGAAAGAAAGCACUCUGCCAAACAAAAGGACAUAACCGCAUGUUCACACCUACAGAGUGAAUGCAUAGAUCCUGAAAAUGGAGUCUGCUGUCCACAAAGCCUUCCAUGGAACAAGUAUUCCUCUGCAUGUUCAGAAUAAAGUAUCAAAUUGA